CUGGCGCGGCGGUGGUGGCGUACUCUCCCGGGGAGCAGCAGUGGAAGGGCACCAACCCGGGCACGGAGAGCGCGCCGCACGCGUCCUCCCUGUACAGUGGCUCGCUGACCGAUGCCCCGCGGUUAGAGGCGUGGCUCGGCCAGAACCAGUUCCCCGGGGCGCCCAGCGGCGGCCGCUGGCGGGCAGCGGGCCGCGGGCACCUGGCGACAUUCCGUCGGGACUUUGCCAUACGGCGCAUGGCGGACCUCUUCGCGCCCGUGCGCGGGCUGGUGAGCGGCCAGGGCACGCUGGACGACGUGGAGCGGGCGCUCGCGGAAGGCGCGAGCCCCAACAGAUGGGAGGGGCCCCUGUCCCCGAUCCGCUUCGCGGUGCAGGCCCACCACAUGGAGCUGCUGGGGCUGCUGCUGCGGAGCGGCGCGGACGCCAACCAGAAGGACGCGCGCGGGGUCGCCGUCCUGCACCAGGCGGUGUUCGACGGCAAGGGGGACUGCGUCGUGCAGCUGCUCGAGGCUGGUGCCGACAUCGACGACUGCCACGGGCAGACGCCGCUGUUCUUCGCGCCCACGCGGCAGAUCUGCGAGCUCCUCAUCGCCAGGCGUUCUGACGUGAACGUCGUGAACAGCAAGGGACAGUCGCCCCUGCAUCUGGCCGCGUGCGCCGGCCUGAACGACGCCGUGAGCUGCCUCAUAGACGCGAAGAACAACCUGCUGCAGUCAGGACCUGAACGGCCACACCCCGCUGUACUAUGCCGCGCGCUCCAAGCACAGGUCCACCGUGAACGUCCUGAAGAGGCGCGGCGCGGAGAACGUCCGGCCCCGCGAGCGCCGCACCAAGAGGUCCCCGGCCCCCCACGGCCAGGGCACGGAGCAGUGCGCCCGGGCGGCAGCGCCUCCGCCGGGGCUGCGGCUCGCCGAGGGGGCGCAGGCGGCCGCGGCCACGGGCGCGGAGGACAUGGCCACCCUGGCGGUCUCUGCCGCCUCGCAGGCGCUGCGGGUGGAGGACGGCGAUGCGGAGGCCGAGCUGGUCGUCCAGGUCACCCUCGAGGCUAG